AUGUCGGAAUACUGGAAGUCGACGCCGAAGUACUGGUGCAAGCACUGCAGCAUCUUCGUGCGCGACACGAAGCUCGAGCGGCAGAACCACGAGGCGACGGGCAAGCACCAGGGCGCGCUCAAGCGGUUCCUGCGCGACCUGCACCGCGGCCAUGAGCAGGAGGAGCGCGAGAAGGAGCGCGCGAAGCGCGAGGUCGAGAGGCUGAAGGGCAUCGCGCCCGGGUCGUCGGCGUCGGCGUUCUCGGCGCCCUCGUUUCCCAGGCCCGGCGGGUCGUCUGGCGCGCCGGCGCCCUCUUCGGCCGAGGCGCAGCGGAAACAGCAGAUGGAGCAGCUCGCGGGGCUGGGCGUUUCGAUACCGACAGCGUUCCGGGGCGACAUGGCGAUGGCGGGCGAGUGGACCGUCACGGCGACCAAGGUCAUCGACCCGGACGCGCCGCGAGAGAAGCCCGUCGAGGCCAAGGCGGUCGGGGUCAGGAAGCGCGAGCGGACGGAUGAGGAGAAGGAGGAGGAGGAGGCGGUGCGCGGGCUGUUCAAGAAGCGGAAAGGAUGGGGCAGCACGAGGAUGAUGCCCGAGGACGACGGGGAUCUCGACGCGCUGCUCAGCAGCAACACGCUUCUGCGGGCUGUCAAGAAGGAGGAGGAGGAGGUGGGAGAGCCUGCUGAGGCGGAUGCCAAGGGGGAUGUCAAGGCGGAAGAAAACCCCACUGAGGAGGAGGUCAAGAAGGAGGACGGCACGGAGGACACAGCGCCGGCGGAUGUGAAGUCAGAUGCGCCAGCUGUCAAGAGGGAGCCUGAAGACGACGACGAUGCCGGCAAAGGCCUGGACGUGCCGGCGUUGGGCGAUGCCGCCGUGAAGAAGGAGGAUGAGGCGACGGCAGAAUCCGCGGAGGCCGCAGCGCCGGCCGUGGUGUUCAAAAAACGCAAGCCCAAGAACAUUCGUCAAAAGUGA